UUUUCUUCUGUUUAAUCUUUACUUUUCUGUUUCAAUCUCCGAGAUCCCUAAUUUUAUUCAUCCUUUCAUUCUCGAAAUUGCAACAAUUUUUUUUUUUGUUUGUUUUUUCAUCUGAUUUUCCGCGAUUUUUAUUAUUUGAUUCUCUUCAAUAUGUAUAUACGCUUUGAUUCUCGAUUUGUUGCAUGUCAAUGAAUUUUACCAGGUCUUCGAUUCGUUUAUUUUUUGUGCUCUUCGCGAUUACCUGCUGAGUUCUGGAUAUUUUCCGUUUCUGUUCAUUUUUAUUUUGAUAAUAUUUCGAUCUAGAAUUCUGGUGUGUAUGGUUUGUCUGUAUUCUUUGUUGAAAAUGGUGUUUUAGCUGCAGGAUAGUCUAUUUCCAUCAGGUUUCAUCCAUGUAUUGUUCUGGUGCGGUCAAUGGACGGGUUUGGGGGUUUAUUUUAUCUGUUUAUAGUUAUUCAUCGGGUUUAUUGAUGAAAGUAUUGGCAUUAGAUUUGCGGUGCGGCCAUGAGUAUUGUGUAGGAUUAUGAUUGCAUGUCUAAUUUAAUGAACCAGCAAGCUCUGGUAUUGGUUUCGUCAUGUUAUUUUUUGGUCACUUGUUCUUAUGGUUUAGGAGAAGGGGAUACUGAAGAGAAGGGGGAGUUGGAUGUCUGGGUUAUGAUUUUCUUGUUCCUGUUACAUGACAACCAUGAGUGACGGAGGAGAAAAAACUUGCCCACUUUGCGCUGAAGAGAUGGAUCCAACCGAUCAGCAAUUGAAACCAUGCAAAUGUGGAUAUGAGAUAUGUGUUUGGUGCUGGCAUCAUAUUAUGGAAAUGGCUGCGAAGGAUGACACUGAGGGUCGAUGUCCUGCAUGUCGUGCUAUAUAUGACAAGGAAAAAAUUGUAGGCAUGGCAUCAAGCUGUGGGAGACUGGCUGCUGAAAUCAGCGUGGAAAAAAAGGUGAAGUCACAAAAAGCGAAAGCCAAAUCAUCUGAAGGACGAAAGCAGCUUAGCAGUGUACGCGUGAUUCAACGGAAUCUUGUAUAUAUUGUUGGGCUGCCUCUUAAUCUGGCAGAUGAAGAUCUUCUUCAGCGUAGAGAAUAUUUUGGUCAGUAUGGAAAAGUUCUAAAAGUGUCUAUGUCCCGUACAGCAACUGGAGUCAUUCAACAAUUUCCAAAUAACACGUGUAGUGUAUAUAUUACAUACUCAAGAGAGGAGGAAGCUGUUCGAUGUAUCCAAAAUGUACAUCAGUUUGUCUUGGAGGGCAAACCAUUAAGGGCAUGCUUUGGAACGACAAAGUAUUGUCAUGCAUGGUUGAGGAAUGUGCCUUGCACCAACCCUGAUUGUUUGUAUUUACAUGAGGUUGGUUCUCAAGAAGAUAGUUUCACAAAAGAUGAAAUCAUUUCUGCAUACACAAGGAGUAGAGUGCAACAAAUUACCGGUGCUUCCAACAAUCUGCAACGGCGUUCAGGGAGUGUGUUGCCGCCACCAAUGGAUGAUUACUGCAGUAUCAAUUCUUCAAAUGGAAAACCCAUUGUUAAGAACACUCCAAGUAAUCCUAGUAGUACUGUUAGAGGUUCUCCGCCAAAUGGAAGCUCAGAUAAGACAAUUGCUCUCCCUGCAGCUGCCUCAUGGGGAACUCGAGGUUCGAAUAUUCAAGGUCCAGUUACAAGUUUACCAAGUCCAAAUGGGCCUCCCAAAAAGCCCGAUGCUGCUAAUAGCAUAUUAUCAUUUCCCCCUGCAGUUGCAGGUAUUUCUUCUGCUCCUACAGUACAUAGUGAAGCAGGAAAAAGACUUGCACUUAAUGAGAAUUACAUUUCUAAUAAUACCAAAGGUCAACAAGAAUCCUUAAAAUCUUUGAAACCUCCUGUUAGCAUGGAUUGUCAAUCUUUUUCAACAGACAGACAUGAUUCACCAGAGGAGCUACCCACUUCUGUAUCUUUGAGUUGUUCUGUGGUUGGUACUCCAGCCACAAAGGACAGUCAGAAAAUAAUGGCUUUAUCACCGAGCAUUUCUGCUUCUACUCUCCACAUUGAGGAUUCUUGCAGUUCUUGUCCUGAAGCAGGAGCUACUUGUGAUGGGCUAAUACAAAAUAUGAGCUCUGAUAUGUCUACAGCUAGUAUCGAUAGAGAUGAUAUAGAUGAUCAAUCUGAUCUAAGGCCAAAUGCUUUACUCUCUGAUCAUGAUUUGAUUAAAGCUUCCGGGGAUCACAACUUACAAGAGCAAUUUUCUGGGCAGUCUAUAGCUGCUUCUUUAGAUUCUACAGAUGCUGCUUGGAAAGGCGAUGAUGUGGUUAAUUGCAUGCCUUUUUCAAGAGAAGAACGUGAUUGGAGAUCGGACUUCCAGAGAGAGGUAGUAAAUGCUACUGAGUUGGAAGAGGAUGUGAUAUCUUUUAAUAGUCAGAGGCUCAAGGAUCCAGAGAUUAUGAGCCCUUCAACUCGGCUGCCUGGCUGGGCAUCUACAUUUCAUGCUCUGAAUGGCUCUACCUCUCAUCCAUUGUGGCCAGAUGCUGCCAAUGGGGUGGCAACCAGUUUGGCUACUGAUUUGUCAUUUGUUGAUAAACAAUUUAAUGAUAAUUCAUCUCUAAACUCACCUAGCAUCCCACCUGUAUUUAGCAGUCAGCUUGAGAAUGGAGUCAAUACUUCUGGGCAGGCUUUGCAUACUUUAAGACAUAUAGUGGGCAAUGAUCCUUCUAAUAUAAAUGCAGAUUCACUUUUUGUUGAUAAGCAAUUCAAUGACAGUUCACAUUUCCGCUCGUCUAACAUUUCAACUGCUAUCAAUAGCAACAUGGAGAGUGUGAUUAGCUCUUCUGCUGCUACUGAUAUGCCCCAUGGAAAUUCAUUUUUACUUCACAAUGAAGGAAGUGGAAGGCACGUGGGCAGGUCAUCUGGUGACAUACUGAAUGCCAAUAGCAAUGGUUUUGUAGAUAAUGGUGAAAAUAGCAUAAUCUCAAAUAUAUUGUCAAUGGACUUCAAUAUGUGGGACAACACAUUAACAUCCCAGAAUUUGGCUAUGCUUUUGGGUGAAACUGACAAACAAUCACCAAGUUCCAGGAAGGUGCAAAGCAACAAUCAGUCCAGGUUUUCCUUUGCAAGGCAGGAAGAUUCUAAAGGACAAGAUUUUAGGAUACAACCUUCUCUUGAUAUCAUUGGACAAAUGCAGAGAAAUCAGUCUUUAAGACGUGAUUUUUCAGAAAAUGGAAAUGUGCAUUUGGACAAGUUUCAUAAUAGUGGUGGCUUCUAUUCUAAUAAUUAUGAUGGAUCAGUAAGUCAUUCAAGCAAUCAAUCCCUUAAUUCCUCAAAUAAACUCUCUGACUCUUUUACAGCAGUUUCGAGAGCUCAAAUCUCAGCUCCACCUGGUUUUUCUGUUCCAAGCCGGGUGCCACCUCCCGGUUUCUCUUCUCAUGACAGAGUAGAUCAUGUUUCUGAUUCCCUCUCUGGAAAUCAUCUGCUAGAAGCUUCUUCCUUAUUGAGAAAUUCAUAUCAGGCAAAUCAAACUGGAAAUAAUAUUAGCACUGGUGAUAUUGAGUUUAUGGAUCCUGCUAUUUUGGCAGUUGGUAAAGGGAGGCGUCAGAUAGGUCUUAACAAUACUGGUCUAGACAUUAGGACACCAUUUUCUCCUUCAUUAGGUACUUUUGAUAAUGAAGCAAGUCUUCAGUUACUGAUGCAAAGAUCUCUGAACCCCCAGCAGAGAUACACCGAUGUCGGUGAUGGGUUUUCCCAUCUUGGGGACUCCUAUGGCAUUUCUUCAAGACUUGUGGACCAAUCACAGGUUAACAAUCUGUCUAAUUUUGCACAGAUGUCUCUCCAACAUUCUAGAAAUGGGCUUAUGUCACAUGGCCACUGGGAUGGUUGGAAUGAGGUUCAAGGUGGAAACAAUAUUGGUGUGGCAGAUAUAUUGAGAAAUGAUAGGCUUGGAUAUAACAAAUAUUAUGCUGGGUAUGAAGACUCGAAGUUUCGCAUGCCCAGCUCAAGUGAUCUAUAUAACAGAACCUUUGGAAUGUGAUAUCUGGUGAAUGAAAUGAUGUGAGCACCUAGAUUGGUGGCAGCGUUUGAGCAAAGAAAUAGGAUUUACCUUGUGAGGUCUAUGGACGUGUAGCCAAGAUGUCGUGAGUGAUUCAUAACCCGGCCUUGAUGGCAGCCUGAUGAAGAUUUGUGCCCCUGAUGGAAUCGGAUCAUGUUACCACCAGGUGUGAUAUAAGCUCACGUGAUUUUGUCGCGGCAAGUUGUAUAUUGGCAACACGAUUAUUUGACAGGAAGUUGUAAAAUGUCUGUCAAUCUGGUAGGGUGACCCUCCCUCCAGCUGUUGAAUAUUUUGUUCCUUGCUAACAGCGAAGAGUAAAAGAAUCUACCUUUUUGGCUCUCGAAACCUUAAAAGUUGAGAUUGGAGUUCCAGACUUCACACAGGCUAUAUGUGAAUCAACAAUUUGAUAUGUACUUUGAUUUUUUUUCUUACAACUGUUUUACUUAGUCUCUUAGAAUUAUAUAGAUAAAUAGUUCAAAGAUCCAGCUGUUUGAGAACAGAGAUUUGAUGGAGUUCCUGCCCUCACGAGGUAAUAACCCCAUUCUUCCUUCGAUUGAUUACUAUUUUGAUUACGAGGAGGUUAAGAUCUGGUUCAUUGCAGUUAAGUAAUUCUCGCCACAUCCUGUGGCAGCGUAAUCUGUGGAAAAAGCACAUAUCGCUUCUUGCCUUCAUUAAGAAUAUUGCCCAUUUAAUUGGAUGGAUCAAAUCCAUUCUCUUCCUAGCUCCCUCCCCCAAGUAAUUUCGAACACGCAAGCAAAGAGUAUCAAAAUUGCUGGUACAGUUCUCUCUGUGAAAGCAUGGCAUUGAAUGAAUUUACUUGUUUCGUAGUAUGCUGGUCGAUACUAUGAAUUUGUAUUGUUUCAGAAUUUCUAUCUUACUUUUUCUCGAGAAACUGAACAAACUUCCCACUAGAGUUGGAAUUUUGAUUCAGCGGGAGCUUGAAUUGCACAGUACGUUUGGGUCUU